GUACAUUGGCCUUGGGUUCGGCGGCGUUCGUUUCGAUCAUGAUGGAGCUAUCAACUGAUCCUACGUUGACAGGCCGGCACAGCAUGUUCUCAAAAGGCAAGACGAAUACUGUCCCGUCGGACGCUCAGGCGAGAGAAAAACUUGCAUUGUAUGUAUAUGAAUAUUUACUUCAUGUCGGCGCACAAAAGAGUGCCCAAACGUUUCUCAGCGAGAUUCGUUGGGAAAAAAAUAUAACUCUUGGGGAACCUCCGGGAUUUCUUCAUUCGUGGUGGUGUGUGUUUUGGGAUCUUUACUGUGCUUCGCCAGAGAGAAGAGAAAGUUUUGAUCAUUCAAGUGAAGCCAAGGCCUUUCAUGAUUAUGUGAUUCCAAACAUGCAACCCGGAGCUGUACCUUCACCACCUUUUCCACAAAUGGCCAAUGAAAAUCCAGCAACUUUAGCAGGAAUGCCUGGCUAUUUCACAUCCAGUUCAUCUCAAGGACCUCAACCUUCACCGCAUCAUGGUGGACCAACACCUCCCGGAUUCAUGCCAGGGCAACCAAACCCUGGUUUCAUGGGUCCUCAGAACUUUAUGCCUCAAAGAUAUCAAUCACGAUCAUCUGUACGACUACCAGGACAGCCUGUAGGGGUGACAGGAGUACCUGGUGCACAGCCAUUAUUACCAAAUACAAUGGAUCCUAGUCGACCAGCAUUUGGAGUUGCAGGUCCACCCAUGAAUGCAGUUACAAGAAUGACCCCACGAAUGCCUGUUGUAAGCCCAAAUGGUUACUCGUCAAUGAGACCAAACGCACCAGUUGGACCACCAAUGACUAUACCUAGCGGAAGAGGUUGGAAUCCGACUACAAGUACCGGGGGCAAUGGUCCACCUGGUACUCCAAUGAUGCCUGGAACUCCAGACACUCCGACACCUGGUGGUGAUAUGUAUAAUGUUAUGAUGAAAACUGUUCCCGGCGCAAACAUGUCAGCGUUUGGCAUAGGAGGAGGACCCGAUCCCGGACUUGGAAUUGAUUCGCAACAAGAUCUUGAUGGUUUACCGAAAGAGCCACCCAACGACCAUGGUCCUGGAACUCCUGGUGGGGACACAAAUGAUUUUAGUAACAUGCUAUCUUUUAGCCAAGAUGGGGGUUUUCCGAGCUAAGAGUGAAUGUAAUCGUUCGUAUGGUUUGAAUCGAGGUGUGCUUCACUGGCAGGGACUCGUAUUCGUGGAAAGUUUUGAAAAUGUCCUGGAAUAAAUUAUUGGAUUUCUUCUUUGCGAAAGAGUGCGUGUCUGCACAGGAUUUUUUCCUGAUUUGACAAAACAAAAUAAAGGAGAAUUAAAAUGUGUUCAUUCGUGUAAACAAUACAAGCCAAGCUUGAGAGGUCUUAUUCUCCAGAUAAGAUGAAAUACAGUUAUAGUUUUACAGUUAUUUAUUGUUGUAUAGUUAUGUUUUGAUAUGGUCUAUAAUAUAUAUUAACAUAGUAAUGAUUGAAAAUGUAAUCGUUUCAUCAUUAAAUUUUACUGUAAAUUUUACUGUAUUUAAUCAUAUCUGGUAAAGACGCAGCUCGAGAAUGAAACUAUGAAUAAAACUGUAAUAUAAAUCGUAUGUACUGUAAAAUUCCACCAAAUUACAUGUUUAUGUUAAAUGA